AUGGGUUCCAACAAGCCUAGGGGUCUCCAAGCCGCGCGAAAGCUCCGUACCGACCGUCGAGAGAACCGAUGGGCCGACAACGACUACAAGAAGCGAGCUCUCGGCAAGUUCUACAAGACCUCCCCCACCGGUGGUUCUUCCCACGCCAAGGGUAUCGUCUUGGAGAAGAUCGGUGUUGAGGCCAAGCAGCCCAACUCUGCUAUCCGAAAGUGUGUCCGAGUCCAGCUCAUCAAGAACGGCAAGAAGGUCACCGCUUUCGUCCCCAACGACGGUUGUUUGAACUUCACCGACGAGAACGACGAGGUCCUCAUCUCUGGUUUCGGUCGACGAGGAAAGGCUAAGGGUGAUAUCCCCGGUGUCCGAUUCAAGGUCGUCAAGGUCGCUGGUGUCGGUCUCCUUGCCCUCUGGAAGGAGAAGAAGGAGAAGCCUAGGUCAUAA